CAGGCUAGCACUGCUCCGUACUGAGUCUGGGGAAACAGAUUCCCCUGUUCCUGAUGACCACACCCACUCGAAAGUGCCAGACCAGAAAAUGGCACCACCCUCUUCUGUCACUCGCUGUGUCGGCCACGGGGCUAGAUCCGUUCAAACUCGUCACUUCAAUCCUCGAGAAGGGCUCAGAUAGGCCACCCAGGUGAUGAUGGCAUCAUGGAGAAGCGUGUCCAUGGUACGCUUACCGUCAGCCCAGAAACCGGGGCCUUCUCCGUCCUGCAUCACGAGGACGCCGCAUGGCAAAAUGACUUUACCAACCACGCCCUAACAACCUUUCUGCCACUCUCCAACUGGCUGUCCUUUGCUACUUUGAGGCUAACGUCGGCCACUCUCACUGGCAGAGACUGGAAAACGCUGGCGAUCACCACUGCAACUGUUGAUGAGCACUUCGGCAGACCAAAAGUUGGAAAGUGGGACGUCUUCUCUUGGCAGACACAACCCGCCGUUGCGAAGUUCCUGGGCGUUGCGACGAUGGGAUACUACCGACCAGGUUUCUGUGCAGUUGCCAGACUGUUUGUUGGGACAAGUGGGAGAGAGCAGGCGAACCUCGUCACGAUCGCUGUCGUCUGUGUGACCAGCCUCGUCAAGCUCAUCAUAACGACGACAGCAUGCGUGGUGACAGCUAUGGCCACACAGCAUCAGCAUGCUAUACUGCAAGCAGCUUCGCUCCUUGCCACCCGAGGCGGUGAUCAAAAGGCCAUGGUGAACGGUGACCCAAGUCUGUGUGCCUGUUAA